AUGACUGGAAUUAUAUACAAUCUUCGACAUCGAGGAUUACUCCGAGCAAGAGGAAAAGAAGUAUUCCAAUUCUUGCAAGCUCUCGUUACAAAUGAUAUCAGACGUUUAGCAGAUGGUCGAGCACAGUAUGCUUUACUACUCAAUAGUCGUGGCCGUAUUGUGGAAGAUUUGAUUUUAUAUCGGCAAGCAGAUGAAAUUUUGAUUGAAAGUGAUCGAAACAAUCAGUCGAAAUUACGGAAAUUGUUGGAAAUGUUUAAGGUACACAAAGAUGUAACAAUUAAAGAAGAAACAGAGAGCUGUGUUUACCAUGCUGAUAAUAUAACAAAUGAUAUUCUCGGUAUCGAAGAUCCACGAGUGCCAUCCUUCGGUAAACGUAUUAUUAGUAAAAGUCUGCCAGAUAAUCAAACGAUAGAUGAAAAUGCAUACCAAGAAAGGCGCUUUGAUUUUGGUAUACCGGAAGGACCGAGUGAAUUAGCUGGUGAGCUUCCACUGUUCAUGAAUGCCGAUAUUAUGCAUGGUGUAAGUACAAACAAAGGGUGUUAUUUAGGGCAGGAAUUGACAUCCCGCGCGUUAAAUGCACCAGAAAUACGGAAACGACUUUUGCCCUUCACAUGUAGAAGUAUGGUUACUGGCUCAUUGGUUAAUAAGCAAGGAUCGCGGACAGGAAGAGUGAUUGCAUGCACCGGAAGGAAAGGCUUAGCUUUGGUGCCUAUUUCACGGAAUGUUCCAUUAACAACACAUUUCCAAUCGGAGAAUGAGGAGGAUAUCGAAGUCUUCCUGCCUUCUUGGUGGCCAGCCGACCCUGCUAGUGUUUCACUUCAGUCAUUAUGA